AUGAAAAAGAAGAAUUCUAUGUUUCAGUAUAUUUGCCAACCAGCUACAUGGUUUUUACUUAUUUUUUUUUUCUGGAGACUUUCAGAUGGAGGGAAGGUGUUGGUAAUACCUAUGGAUGGCAGUCACUGGCUCAGUAUUCAACCAGUUAUGGAACGCCUUCAGCACAGAGGACACCAAGUAGUAGCUGUGGUUCCUGAUGUUAAUUUGCUGAUGAAACCAUCUGAUCAUUACAUAGUGAAAACAUUUGCUGUACCCUAUUCAAUGGAAUACUUGAAAAUGGAAUUUCAGAAAUUGGGUCAUAAGAUUUUUAUACAUCAGCCUUUUCUGGCAAGAAUUACUGAGACAUUUGCAAGAAUAAGGAAUAUUACAAUGUUUUACUUAAAUAACUGCAAGCAGCUUUUGUACAACAAAGAUUUGAUUACUUACCUUCAAGAUAGCAAAUUCAAUGUUGUAGUUAUGGAUCCAGUGUCUCCAUGUGGUCAAAUUGUGGCUGAGUAUUUAUCCAUCCCUUCUCUUUUCUACUUACGUGGACUUCCAUGUGGUUUAGAUUCAGAGGCAACUAAGUGUCCAAACCCACAUUCCUAUAUCCCCAAAUUCUAUACAGGCAGUACUGAUCAUAUGACAUUUAAUCAACGAGUAAAUAAUUUUUUAUUUGGUUCAUUUCAAUUCAUGGUGUGUUACUUAGUUUAUUCACCAUUUGAAGUUUUGAUCAAGGAAUUCCUGCAUCGAGAUAUGACGGUACUAGAGCUAUAUAGCCAAGCUUCAAUUUGGCUUCUUCGCUAUGACUUCAUAUUUGAAUAUCCAAGGCCUAUCAUGCCAAAUAUGGUUUUCAUUGGAGGUAUAAACUGUGCAAAGGAGAAUCCAUUAACACAGGUGUUGUGGAGAUAUACCGGUGAAGCUCCAAUCAAUCUUGCCAAUAAUACAAAGCUGUUUAAUUGGCUUCCACAGAACGAUCUACUUGCUCAUCCAAAAACCAGAGCUUUUAUCACACAUGCGGGCUCCCAUGGGAUCUAUGAGGGGAUUUGUCAUGGAGUACCAAUGGUAUUAAUACCGCUUUUUGGAGAUCAAGCAGACAAUGCAGUGCGGAUAGAGUCUCGAGGAGCAGGAGUAAAGCUGGAUGCAGUUAAAAUGACAUCAAAGGACUUGUCCAACGCACUGAGGACUGUUAUUUAUGAUAAAAGGUAUAAAGAGAACAUUCAGCGUCUUUCAGCUCUUCAUUUAGACAGACCUAUUGAACCUCUUGAUCUGGCAAUUCAUUGGGUGGAGUUUGUCAUGAAGCACAACGGAGCUCCCCAUUUGCGUCCAGCAGCUCAUGACCUCAACUGGAUCCAGUACUAUUCUAUUGAUGUCAUUGCCCUCCUUUCGGCUGCAACAUUCCUUUUUCUGUUUAUCUCACUGAAGGGUUGUCUGUUUUGCUGCAAGAAGUGUUUCUGCAAAAGUGUAAGACUAAGCAAAAAAGGCAAGUCAAAAUCCCAAUAA